AUGGCAGACAUACGGGCUCCACAACCAGAUGCUAGGGCUGGCGCGCUCGGCGAUGCGGAGCAGGAGCGAAAAUACGACAGCUCGGAUGCCGGUACGCGUAACGAGCAUGCGACGCAUAGUCCUCCCGAUGAGGCCGUCUCGGAUCAGGAUCGCGAAUUCUACGACAAGUACGGCACCUACGACCGUUAUGAAAUCACAGAGGAAGACUGCUACGAGGAGCUGGGCUUCUGCUUUCCAACGUGGAAGAAGUGGACAAUACUAUCUUGCGUAUUUUCCGUACAAGUGUCAAUGAAUUUUAACACGUCUCUAUACUCGAAUGCGGUAACCGGCAUCUCAGAGGAGUUCGGCGUCAGUGCGCAAGCUGCAAGAUUGGGCGCCGCUAUCUUCUUGAUCACGUAUGCUUUUGGUUGUGAGCUGUGGGCGCCUUGGAGUGAGGAGCUCGGACGCUGGCCUAUCCUCCAGCUCAGUUUGUUAUUCGUGAACAUCUGGCAAAUUCCCGUGGGCAUCGCCCCCAACUUUGGCACCAUCCUAGCGUUCCGCGCGCUCGGUGGUCUCUCGACAGCUGGUGGCUCAGUGACUCUUGGUAUGGUGGCCGAUAUGUGGGAGGCCGACAAUCAGCAGUACGCUGUGGCCUUCAUCGUCUUCUCCUCUGUCGGUGGAUCCAUCUUGGGUCCCGUCGUCGGUGGAUUUGUCGAGCAAUUCUUGGCAUGGCGUUGGAACAUCUGGAUUCAGUUGAUAUUCGGCGGUGCCACCCAAAUCGUGCACUUCUUCCUGGUCCCUGAAACCCGUACCACGAUCAUGAUGGAUCGCAUUGCGAAGAAGCGCCGCAAAGAGAGCGAAAAGAACGGCAAGCCUUUGAACCUGUGGGGUCCGAAUGAACUCACUCCAUACAAGGAGCGUUUCUCCAUGCGUGAGAUUCUGAUUACUUGGAUGAGGCCCUUCCGCAUGUUCCUCACAGAACCCAUUGUGCUCGUUCUGUCCCUACUCUCCGGUUUCUCCGACGCCCUCAUCUUCAUGUUCAUCCAGUCAUUUGCCCUUGUCUAUGCUCAAUGGGACUUUGCCUCGUUCGCAGUUGGCCUAUCAUUUGUUGCCAUCGGUGUGGGCUACUUCCUCGCUUGGAUGUCUUUUAUCCCUGCCAUCAAAAGAAACGAGAAGGAGCGUAAAAACAAGCCUGGAGACGAGAGGGCACAAUACGAAUCCCGCCUGUGGUGGCUCUUGUUCACGGCUCCGUGCCUGCCUAUCGGCUUGAUCGGCUUUGCUUGGACGUCUACCGGACCACCGCUGCCGUGGAUUGCUUCCAUGAUCUUCGCUGCGGUCGUGGGUAUCGCGAACUAUGCCAUUUACAUGGCUACGAUCGACUACAUGAUCUGCGCUUAUGGCCCCUACUCCGCCUCCGCAACCGGUGGCAACGGUUGGGCCCGCGACUUCCUCGCCGGUAUCCUUACCCUUCCCGCAACGCCCUUCUUCCAAAACAUUCCCUCGUCUUCAAACCCCAACCACCUCGCAUACGCCUCCACGAUCCUUUUCUGUAUCUCCUUCGUGCUCGUCAUGGCUGUCUACGUAAUCUACUGGAAGGGCCCGGUGUUGCGCAAGCGCAGUCCUUUCGCUCAGCAGCUCGCUGGAGCGAGAGAGGAGACUGGUGGCAGGAGGGUCAGCACUGUGCCUGGCCUGUAUGGCUCGAGGCAUAAUUCUAUUGCGCAGGGUAGUCCGGCGCCGGGGUCGAGGAGAGGCAGUGUUAUCAGGGGGGCGAGCUUUGCGAGUCAAUCGAGGGCGACACCUGUCAACUCGCGUCCUGCGUAUUAA